CCACUCACUGUGCUAGAAAUAGGGAACACUACAGUCAUGCUCCUCCCUUCAUGGGAAGGACUGACAAUAAACAAGAACCAGCCACACUGUGGUCAGUGCUAUGAAAACGACAAACCUGAACAGCUGGGUGAGGCAGGUAGGAAUGGAUGCAUCAGGGGCAUCUUCUCUAAGCAGGUGAUAGCUGAACUGAGGCCUGGAGCAUGAAAAUCAGUCAGACUUUUCCUUUGCAUGUGUUUGUAUGCUUGCAUAUUACAGAUUUUCAUUUAUAAUAAAUAUCAAUAUUUAAUUUUCCACAUAAAUAAAAAGCUCUUUGGGGGUUGUCUUUCAGUUUUUCUCAGAGCAUAAGGGUGUUGAGACCAAAAACUUAGAAAACCAGUGUGGUUUAUCCCCAGCCAUGAUAGGUCAAUUUCUUGCUCUGACCUCAUAAGAAGCCAUUGUGAUGGAACUGCAAACCACAUCCCAGCUGUGAUUGGUCCAUGUCUUGCUCUGACCUCAUAAGGAGCCAUUGUGAUGGAACUGCAAACCACACCCCAGCUGUGACUGGUCCAUGUCUUGCUCUGACCUCAUAAAGAGCCAUUGUGAUGGAACUGCAAACCACACCCAGCUGUGAUUGGUGCAUUUCUUUAUAUGAUCUCAUAAGGCACAUUGUAAUGGAAUUACAAACCACUCCUAUAUAAGACCCUGACCAGGCUGAGGUUUUUGUCCGUUAUAGCCCAGGAAGCUGAUUUGUGGUGACCUGUGGACUUGGACUCCUUAGCUUGUUUUGGCCUUCUUGUUAAAUUUCAUUUUGUUAAUUUUUUUUCAUUUUUUCAUUUGUUAAUUUUGUUUUUAAUUUUUUAUUUUAAUUUUACUUUUUUUCUUUUUUUCUAUUUUACUUUUUUUUUCUUCCUAUUUUCCUUUUUUUUUUUUCUUAUUUUGUUUUGUUUUUUUAUUUUGUUAUUUUGAAGGUGCCAUGUUUAAUGUCUUUGCAGACCACUGUGCCACCAAGGAGCGCUAUAUUGGUGAUUACCUCCUCCUGGACACCAUCGACAAGGGAUGCUUUGCCGAGGUGAGGUUGGCCCAGCAUUUGCUGACCAGGGCACAGGUGGUUGUAAAAGUCAUUAAAAGUCAGGGCAUCGCUAGAUUUUUUCAAGAGGCCCAUUGUUUUAGGCGCUUAAAUCAUCCAAAUAUCACAAAGUUAUUUGAGGUGAUUGCCACCCAGGACAAGAUUUUUCUCGCUAUGGAGCAUGUGAGCGGAGGGGACUUACUUGAGUACUUGGACAAGUAUGGCAAAAUGAAUGAGGGAGAAGCCCGCACUGUGUUCCGGCAGGUAGUAUCCGCGGUCCAGUACUGCCACCAGAAGGGCAUUGUCCACAGAGACCUGAAGCCAGAGAACAUUCUUGUAGACAGUGAUAUGACCAUUAAAUUAACAGACUUUGGCUUCAGUAAGGAAGUGAGCAGUGAUAAACAGAACACCUUCUGUGGCACCAUCUGCUAUUCGGCCCCAGAGAUCUUGAAGCGUCAAACCUAUGAUGGCCGCAAAAGUGAUGUAUGGAGCCUGGGGGUGGUCUUGUACAGGAUGCUGACGGGGGUGGAGCCGUUUGGGGUGGACAACUUUGUGAAGGUGAAGAGGGAGAUAAUAAAUGGCCAUUACCAUAUACCACACUUUAUGUCAAGGGAGGUUCAAAAACUUUUAAGAAAAUUACUCACUGUCAACCCUAAACGAAGACCGACCCUGGAAGCUGUAAUGCAGGACCCCUGGCUCAACCGAGGCGAGGAGGAGAUGCUGAGGCCAUACAGCGAGCUGCCCUGCGAUGACUUGGACCCCCAGGUAACAGAAAUGAUGCAGAUCCUCGGCUUUAAGCAGGACGACAUCCAGGAGUCAGUAACACAAAGAAAAUUUGAUAGAGUGAUGGGCACAUACCUGAUCCUCAGAAUGACGAAAACCAAGAUGCCUGGCCGCACCGUCAGGGAUCCAUACCAGGAGCGAAUCCAGCAGCGCCUUGCCCUCAGAACCACAAUGCCUGCUGAGCUUGUAGGACUGCCCGGAUACCCCAGAGGUCAAGAGGAGAGGCUGCCCUCGCUGUGGGUCCAUCCCUCAGCCCCCACCUGAAUGAGACCAGAGACUGGACUUUUCCCUGGGUCCCUUCCCUCCCCUGCUCCUUUGCUCCCAUGUUUGUGAGCUGCUUAUUAAAUAUUUGGUUCUCUCAAGUUUUAUAAUAAACUUGAUGUUCUAGAAAGAUGUAUUGGGCACUUUGUUUUUCUUCCUCUGCACAGAACUGGGGCUGUGCAUCCUAUAGUUUUAGAAGUGUGUAGUGAUAAUCGUAUGUGGACUUUAUAAGGGGAAUUCCAACAGGAAAAAGUGUGGUUCUGGAAAAG